AUGUUUCGACCAUCAACACUACGAGCUAUACCGUUGCGCGCUCUCUCCAUAGCCGCCGUCACCCCGACCGAGUUCGUCGCCAGCACUGUUAGCUGGUCCUCGCUGCAGCUGCAGCAUCCUCCCGUCGCUGUUAAGCCUCUUCCUCAGGGCGUCGCACAGAAGCUUCCACAAGUACAGGCUGGGAAACACAAGUUUAGUUACAAUAAGAAGGCUGAGGAGAGGAGGGUUGCUGUUCGGGAUGAGUUUUUGCGAGGCUGGUCCGCGUAUAGACAACAUGCGUGGAUGAGAGACGAGCUCAUGCCAGUGUCGGCGCAGUGGAGGGAUAGCUUUGGUGGAUGGGCUGCCACCUUGGUUGAUUCGUUGGAUACGCUUUGGAUUAUGGAUCUUCGCGAGGAGUUUGAAGAGGCUGCCAAUGCUGCUGCUACUCUCAACUGGGGCGAGAAGCGGGACGGAGCCAUUGACGUUUUCAAGUUGACCACCCGUCAUCUUGGUGGUUUGCUUGGAGCGUAUGAGUUGAGCGGUCAGGAAGCCUUGUUGAAGAAGGCUACUGAGCUUGGAGAGAUGCUUUACGUCGCUUUCGAUACGCCGAAUCGCAUCCCUACUCUCUGGCUUGACUUUGACGAAGCUGAGAAUGGUACCCAAAUCGCCGGAAACCACGAUCCUUCUGCCGCGGCGGCAUCCUUGGCCAUGGAGUUUACUCGCCUGUCGCAGCUCACUGGGGACUCCAAGUUUUACGACGCCACCGACCGAGUCACCCAGUUCCUCAGCAGGGUACAGAACUCAACCAAGCUGCCAGGCAUGUGGCCCAUCUACCUCGACUUUGAGCACCAGGUCGCCGAGGACAACACUUUUACGCUCGGAGCGCUGGCCGACUCCAUGUACGAGUACCUCCCCAAGAUGCAUGCCCUGCUUGGUGGUCUUGAUCGGAACUAUGAGAGGAUGUACCGCAUGGCUACAAAAGUUGUGGCCGACCAGCUGCUAUAUCGACCAAAGGUUCCCAACCAGGACGAUGUCCUGUUGGUGGGUGAAGUCCAUGUCGAAGGAAAGAUUGAGUUUAUCCCCGAGACUCAACACCUCACCUGCUUCGCGGGAGGAAUGUUUGCCUUAGGUGGUAAGCUUCUCGGUAACGAAGAGCACGUCAAGCUCGGCGAGAAACUCGCCCUUGGAUGCCACUGGGCCUUUAAAUCCUUUGCAACAGGAAUAAUGCCCGAGAUCUUCCGUCUUGAAUGUUGCCACACCCUCGAACCCUGCGACUACGACGAAGAGGCCUGGGCACCAGAGGGAGAGCCCAUCCCUCCCGGUUUCCGCCACGUCCGCGAUCCUCGGUACCUGCUGCGUCCCGAGGCCGUGGAGAGUAUUUUCAUAAUGUACAGACUUACAGGAGACUCCAAGUGGCAGGAUAUGGCGUGGGAGAUGUUUGAGGCUAUCAAGCGGUUUACGACUACGGAGCAUGGCAAUGCUGCUGUUGAGGAUAUUAUUUCUGUCGAGACGAAGCAGACAGACUCUAUGGAGAGUUUCUGGCUUAGCGAGACGCUCAAGUACUUUUACCUCAUCUUUUCACCUCCUGAUUUGGUGAGCCUUGAUGAGUAUGUGUUGACCACAGGGGCUCAUCCUUUCCGACGACCUACAAAAUAA